UGAACAAGUGCGCAAAGCGACACGCGGGCGGAAUAUACGCAAGCACCGAUGCCUAUUCCCAGCGCUGGAUAAUUCCCAUCUGUGCCUUGCCUGGGAGCGAUCUUCCCGCUUGAAGAUCCUCGUUUCUUUUUUUUGCUCAAUCUUUCUGCUUCCACUGCUUCUUUCCGUAUCGCCUCGAAAACCGCCUCGGUUUGAAGGUUGGCGCUGGUUGACGCCAUGAUUGUUGCAAUUUAUCCCUCUUCUGCUCUUCCUCUGCUCGGCGGCAACAGAACAACAACAAAAAACCCGGUUCAUACCCACAACCCCCCCCCCCUUCCCCUACCCCCGAAAGAUGUUCCUUCUUAUCCCCCCCCCUGAAAGACAAGUGCGUGCGGGACCAUCGUUCUGCGCCAUUCUUUCGCACAUGUUUCCGUGCAAAAUGGAUCUACGUGUGUGCGUGUGUGUGUGUGGUUUAGGCCCUACCGGUACUGAGCAUCUUCCCUCACGCCCCACUCCCCCGCAGGAAAAGGGCAAAAACAGCAGUGGGAGGCAGGCCCAAGCGUGCUUUGCGCGCGCGCGCGCUGUUCGCGCAACGGUCGGGCCACGCCGGCAUCUGGCAGUGAGACCGGCCCGCUUAAAACGGCACCGGGCCGGGCGGACAAGCUUCAGUGUGCGAUUGGCAGCAGUACGGUACGCCGGGCUAGGCUCUAGUAACGCACCGGGCUCUUUAUUUUUUUCCCCUCUCGUGUUGUGCAGUUUACAAAGGAGACAUAAUUGUUUGUGAAUCGUUUGUUUCAGCAAGCAUCCUGGUUGCUUGGGAAAGGAAAAACGAGCCCCGUUCACAGCGUCAAGAACGAACGGCGAGAAUAACGACGCAAGUCGCCCAAGAAGUACUCACUCUAGAAUCGCAUUUGUGUAGAGUCCUCGUUGUUUCUGCGCGUUAGCAACACACGGCGGUGAUCCAUCACCUGUGUGACCUUUACACCGCCAUUAGCCGAAAGUGUUGCCGCCUUAGCUUUGGAGAGCCUUUUUGGAAGCGCUAGAGAGGGGGGGGGGCUCACUUCGAACGACAGCGACAAGCCCAGCCCGGCCCAAUAAUCAUCAUCAGCCCUAACCUAUAUCAGGGGGACUUGAUAACGAAGACGGAUCAAGCGUGAGACCCGCCUGAUAAGACUGCUCGUGUGUGUGUGUGUGUUUGUUUGUGCCUAUCGUGCUCAGAGAUUCCAAUUCGCGUAGUGCGAGUGCGUCGCGAAGGUCCACCUUCUAAUCACUCCAGUGUGUGUGUGUUUGUGUGUGUGUGUUCUUGGUUGUGUGAACAGGCCGUUGUGAUACGACGAAGGCUGCACACACGCGCUCGGUAAUCAGCAGCGAGCGACCCCGGGUUGGUGGCAAUCUUCCCGCACGAAAUCCCAAUAAACGCGGCCGUGUCACGCCCGUCCGGUCUCAGUUGAACUCUGAACCUGUUACGAUACGGUGGGUGCCCGAAAGCGUCGCGUUCCUCUCUACAGGCAGGCUCAAUCAAUCGGCAAACCGUCACUCAACCACGCAGCGGUAGCAGCAGUACCUCGUAGACACCAGCCACAGAAAUGCCACAGCAAGACGCGUCCUCCAAUAACCCGGCAGUGAUGGCGUACAACGCGGUCCUGGUCCUGUUCGACGUGCUGGUGUUCCUCGUCAAGGCGAUCUAUAUCGUCGGCAAGGGCGUGUUCGAGAUGGCGGUGCUGCCGCCGGCCCGCGACGUCAGCGGUGACAUCGUGCUGAUUACCGGCGCCGGCCACGGCAUGGGCAAGAAUCUGUCGCUGCAGUACGCCGCCCUCGGCACCACCGUCGUCUGCGUCGAUGUGAACGAGAAGACGAACCAGGAAACGGUCACCGCCAUCAAGUCGAAGGGUGGCAAAGCGUUCGGUUACACCUGUGACGUCACGAACCGCCAGCAGGUGGUGGACAUCUGCAAGAAGAUCCGCGAGCAGGUCGGCAUCGUCAGCAUUCUGAUCAACAAUGCCGGCAUCAUGCCGACCCAUCCGCUGCUCCAGCAGACGGAGAACGAAAUCCGCAAAACGUUCGACAUCAACGUGCUGGCACACUUCUGGUUCAUCCAGUCGCUGCUGCCGGACAUGAUCAAGCAGAACCGGGGCCACAUCGUCGUGCUGUCGUCGAUUGCGGGCAUGAUCGGGUUCAAGUAUCUCGUGCCGUACUGUGGCACCAAGUUUGCGGUGCGCGGCAUCAUGGAGGCGCUGUCGGAGGAGCUGCGGGCCGAUCCGGCCAAGCCGAACGUCAAGUUCACCACCAUCUACCCGUACAUGGUCGACACGGGGCUGUGCAAGCGGCCGUACACCCGCUUCCCGAGCCUGCUGAAGAUGGUCAAGCCGGACGAUGCGGCGGCCGCCAUCAUUGAUGCGCAGCGGCGCGGCCUGAUCGAGGCGUCCAUCCCGAAGUACCUGCUGUACCUGAACACCUGGUUCCGCAACAUGCCGCUGCGCGUCGGCCAGGAGUUUGGCGACCUGCUCGACACCGGCCUGCAGUCGGACCUGUGAGAGGGGGGCCUGUGACUACUUCUGAUUGGCUACUUAUACUGUUACCGUUAUGAGCGUUGUUUAUGUUUAGAAAAAGAAUAAAGAGAAACUGUUGCGACGUGUUUUUGUUUGUUAGUUAACAAA